AUGAUGAUGGAUCGUUAUUCGAUAGCUGUUUUUAUGAUGAUUUCAUUUCUUGUUGGAGUCUUGAAUGCAAGUGAGGGUGAUUCUGAUUUACAUUACAGGUCUUGUCUGGCAGAAUGUGAGGAAACCGGAUGUGUUGGAGAUCAAUGCUUUCGACACUGCAACUUUCCUUCUGAUGGGGUUCUCGUUGAUGGUCCAUGGUAUAUGAAAGAACCACUUUACUUGAAGUGGAAACAAUGGGAGUGCGAAAGUGAUUGUCGUUACGCUUGCAUGACCGACAGAGAGAAAGAAAGAGAAGAACGUGGUGAAGAACCUAUCAAGUAUCAUGGUAAAUGGCCCUUCAAGCGAGUUCUCGGAAUUCAGGAACCAGCUUCUGUUGCUUUCUCCGCACUCAACCUUGCAAUGCAUCUUCAUGGUUGGCUAUCCUUUGUCAACCUUCUUUACUACAACUUGCCUUUAAACCAAGAUAAAAAGGCAUACUACGAAUUUGCAAGUUUGUGCCACGUAUACGCCAUCUUGGCGAUGAACUCAUGGUUUUGGAGCAUUGUUUUCCAUACUCGAGAAGUGGAUUUAACAGAAUCAUUAGAUUAUUCAUCUGCUGUGGCACUACUUGGUUACUCUCUUAUUCUAUCUAUACUUAGAAGCUUUAAUGUGAGGGAUGAGGCUGGUAGGGUCAUGGUUGCUGCUCCAUUUCUCGCCUUUUUCACUACACAUAUUUUGUACCUCAACUUCUAUAACCUCGACUACGGGUGGAACGUGAAAGUUUGUGCAAUAAUGGGGGUUGCUCAACUUCUGGUAUGGGCAAUUUGGGCCGGCGUGACUCGCCAUCCAUCACGGUGGAAGCUGUGGACGGUGGUCUUCGGAAGUGGCCUUGCAAUGCUUUUGGAGUUCUAUGAUUUCCCUCCUCAUUAUGGAGUCUUUGAUGCUCAUUCUUUAUGGCAUGGCACAACUGUUCCACUCACCUUCCUAUGGUGGAGUUUCAUUAGAGACGAUGCCGAGAUUCGAACUUUAGACUUCAUUAAGAAGAUUAAGUGA